CUUCCCCGUGCCCGGUUCUGGCGGCGCUGCCCCCGAUGAGGAUGGAGGCCCGGGAGGCGGCGCGGGCCCGACCCGGUUCGGCCUUCAAGGGCUUGGUCGCCGAGAGCAAGUUUUUCCCCCCCAAACUCAGCAGCUUCUCCUGCCCUGCCGGGAACUCCUCCUGCUCCCUCAGCUACAUCCCAGAAAUUCCUGAAAGGUUCCCAGGAGCCAAUGGGCAGUGGAGGAGCUCCAAGCCCCGUGGGAGCCGAGGCUCAUUCCUGGAGACACGGAAAAAUUCCAGUGGGAAUUCCAGCACUUUUGGGGGAAAAUCCGCCCUCCACGGAGCCUCUUUCCCUCUCAAGCCAGCCCUGAGCCCCUCCUGGAGUCGCCGCAGCCCCAAGAAGGCCCCGCGGCGCUUCCUGAGCACGGCCGAGGAGACAGUGCGGGAGGAGGAGCGGGAGAUUUACCGUCAGCUGCUGCAGAUGGUGACCGGGAAGAGAUUCUCCAGCUGCAAACCCUCCCCACUGCUGCCCUUCCAGCUCUCCCGCUGUCCCCGUUCCAGCCCCUCCCUGCCCCAAGAGGCUUCCAGGGAUGAUCCCGAGGCGCUGGAAAGUCACAAAAUUCCGGGUCCUGUUCAGUGUCCCACGCAGCUGCCCCAGAAUUCCCAAAAUCCCCCCCUGGGCCCCUCUUCAGGGUUUCCUGGGGGGUUCCAGCCCCGGAAUUCCGUGGCCCCGCAGCAGCAGGAGGAGGAGCCUGUGGCCGGGGCGCAGAGUGAAGGGUCAGAUUCUGUCAUUUUGCUCAAGGUCAAGGAUUCCAGGACUCCAGCUCCAAGCCUCCCCUUCUUCCAGGCAGAGCUAUGGAUCAAAGAGCUGACCAGUGUUUAUGAUUCCCGAGCCAGAGAGAGGUGGAGGCAGAUUGAAGAGCAGAAAGCUCUGGCCCUGCAGCUCCAGAGCCAGCGUCUCCAGGAGCGGGAGCGCUCUGUGCAGGACUUGGUGGAUCUGCACCUCCGAGUACCCCUGGAGAAGGAGAUCCCGGUGUCCGUGGGGCCGGAGGGACCGGAGCGUGCCCGGGCGGGCCAGGGAGACGAGGAAUUCCCUGAAAUCACUGAGGAAAUGGAGAAGGAAAUCAAGAGCCUUUUCCGAGGAGGGAACCAGGACGAGGUGCUGAGUGAGGCUUUCCGCCUGACCAUCACCAGGAAGGACAUCCAGACCCUCAACAACCUCAACUGGCUCAACGACGAGAUCAUCAAUUUCUACAUGAAUUUGCUGAUGGAGAGGAGCAAGGAGAAGGAUUUGCCCGCUGUCCAUGCCUUUAACACCUUUUUCUUCACCAAAUUAAAGACUGCGGGGUACCAGGCUGUGAAAAGAUGGACAAAAAAAGUGGAUAUUUUCUCUGUGGAUCUGCUCCUGGUGCCCAUCCACCUGGGAGUGCACUGGUGCCUGGCUGUUGUGGAUUUCAGGAAAAAAACCAUCACCUACUAUGAUUCCAUGGGGGGGAUCAACAGUGAGGCCUGCAGGAUCCUACUGCAGUACUUGAAACAGGAAAGUUUGGAUAAGAAAAGGAAGGAAUUCGACACCAAUGGAUGGGCCCUGCUGAGCAAGAAGAGCCAGGAGAUCCCGCAGCAGAUGAACGGCAGCGACUGCGGGAUGUUUGCCUGCAGAUACGCCGAGUGCAUCUCCAAGGACAAACCCAUCAACUUCACCCAGCAACACAUGCCCUACUUCCGAAAGAGGAUGGCCUGGGAAAUCCUGCACAGGAAGCUCCUCUGAUGCCGGAAAAGCCCCGAAAUUCCAUGGACUUGGAUCAGAAGAAUCCCAGGAUUCUCCUCGGGAUGCAGCCAGGGAACUCCGGGUCCUGCUCUUCCCAAACCGCCCCCCUCCAGAUCUGGGGGGGAAUAGAAAAGUUUGGAAGCACAGCUGGGAUUUUUUUGGAGUUUUUUUCCCUCUUUCUUGGGAUUCCAGAAUCGAUUGUCCCACUUUUCCGUCUGCUGGGAUGGGGAAAUUUGGGAAUUUUGGGGUUUUUGGAGCUGGAUUUUUGGGAAAAGGGAGUUGCCUCCAUGCAUUUGGGUUGAAAAAAUUCAGAUUUGGGUAAAACGGGAAGGGUUUGGUUCUGGAGGGAAUUUUUGGGGAUCAGUCCCAUUUUUUUCCACCUCAUUGCCAGAGUUUGGGGAUUCUAUCCGUGGGAAAACCUGGAUUGGGAAAAUUCCUGCUUAAAUCCCCUUUUUUCCCAAUUUUUCUUCCCAAAUUCCCGCUUUUUCGCACCAUUUUUUCCGGGAUUAAGCAUUGGAAUGCCAGAGUUCCUCUGGAUUCCUACCCAAACUUUGCUUUUUCUGAGGGAUAAACCCCAAAACCUGAGCAAAAUCUGGGAUUUUUGGAGAAUUUUUGGGAAUUUUCUCCUCCCUUUCAAGCUGAUUAAUCCCGUCAGUUUUUGUUGCUUUUUCCAGCUGUUUUUCCCACUUUCUCCAGGAAAAAAAAUCCCUCCCAAAUCAGGAACUGCAGAACCGUGGGAAAAGCCCCAAAAUCCUGUAAUCCCUUCAAUCUUUCCCAAAAAAACCCAGGAUUUGUUUGGGGACCUUUUCCCACCCUGGAUUCAUUUAUUCCCAUUUCUUUUUUGGAGUUUCCCAAGCCUCUGGAUUUGCUUUUCCUGGUGGAAAAGACGAUUUUUAAGAAGAGAAGUGGGAAAACAUCCCAAAUUUUUGUAUUUUCCCUCUCCUACAGGAGCUGGGAAUUUUUUCUAUUUUUCCCGAGUUGGGAGCUGAAGUUUUGUACCAAAUUCCUGAAUUUUUGGAGCCCUUUUUCCCGGUCUUUCCCAGCCCUUUUGUCCCUUUGGAUCCCAAAUUCCCUCCCCUCUUUUAUACCAGGUUCGUUUCCUACUUUUUUUAUCUUUUAUUGGAAUUAAAGAUCUGAAAAAAACCCUGGAAUUUU